ACUGUGCUCGUAUUUCGUCACGGAGCUGCAGGCGCGAGCGCUGCUGAUGAGCUGAGAAUUGAGCAUAAGCACAUGAAAGGAGAGGGAUUUUGUGGCGUGCUGGCGCGCUGCGGCGUUAUUGAAUCAUGGUGUUGGCGGAGGUUAAUGGCGAUGCGCACUCGCUUGACUUCUUAUGCGGCGUAGCUGGAACGCGUUCAUUUGGGAAAAGGAACAUGAGAAGCGAGAUGCUUGAGAGAGAUGACAGAAUCGUAUACUUGCCAUCCUUGCAGCUUCAACACUGAGACACCGAACUGGAGGAGAGGUGAGGAAGAAGGGGAGUCCAUCGUGCAGACCGCUUCUCACGACUCCUGGUCAAAGCGCCCUGGUCGCACCAGAUCAGUCGAGUUCGCGCAGCCACAGGACACGUCGAAACUCAAAUCGCUUCUUCUUGCGCCAUCUCGCUCAGCCUUACCGUCAAUUGCUCUCGCUUUGAGCCUCACGAUGCAGGUGUCGUCCAACGAGCCUACCAUGAUCGUCACCCCACGCCCUUUGCAGGGUCCUGCCCCACCAUCGUCAACCUCAGCUCCUCGAGCUCCAAGCAACCCUGACCCUGCAAACACCUCGACAAGUCUCCCCAGAUCCGACCCACGCGUUCAAUUGACCUUAUUCGACCGAGUAAAUUGAAGGCCUGGACCUACGAUGUCUCACAGCCACUCACAUGACGGCGCGUCUCACUCGCAUGGUGGCGGCGACCACGGGCACACGCACGAGAUCCUCGAUGGCCCGGGGAGCUUUCUUGGGCGGGAGAUGC